GGCUCCCCCGGGGCUCGCCGGCCUCGUGCGUGCGCACGCGCGCUGUCCCCCGGAGGCGUCUGGGUGUGCGGAGCGCGCGCGCGCGGCUCGGAGGCGCACCUGUGAGGUGUCCCUUGAGGAGAGAGAGGGAGGGUGGGUGCGUGGAGCCCGCGGCCUGGGGCGCUUCAACCCCUCACUUGGAAGCGCCUCGCGUCCCAGCAGAGCCCUGCGAGCAUCCUACUCAGGUGAUGAGGAACCCUUCGUGCACCCAGCGCAGAACGCCGCUGCCGCUGGACGCCUCCAUUGUUUGACCACAACAAGGGCCGGAUUCUCACCCAGCAGGAUCCUCAGCCUUCUGUAGCCCUUCAGCCACUGUGGGCCCUGCCUCUGCCUCCUCUUCUGGAAUGUCUUGGGGGUUUUGACUCCUGGCACCGUGACCUGCAAAUCCAAGAGACACCUCUCUGGAAGAUAAGAGCUUCUUUCUCAAGAUCAAAAAAGGAGACGAGUGAUACCUCUGUAGGGAUCCUCAGGAGGAAGGCGACGUACUUGGAACCCAAGGAGCUUGCUUCCUGGGAAGGCUCCUGUCUGAUGUGGAGGAGGCAGAAUGUCCCACUGACUCUUCGAGGGGAGCUUACAGGGGAUCGAGACCAGCACGCAGUAUCUCACCCUCUACGACAAAGGACACCGUGCAGUCCUUUUCCUAGAAGUGAGAAGUCCGAGACUGUUCUAGAGGCAGAAGAUUCUAGGGGCUUAAAAACGCAAAGGUUUGCACCUUGGGAGCCCCUUGGAAUGUUGACAACUCAGGACCUACAAGAAAGUUGUGUGUUUAUGAGUUACAGAAUUCAUGUGGAGAUCAGUGUCACUUUAUAAUCAGUAGUAAUACCGCGUGAGGAACACUAUGCAGGAAGAAGGCUUCCAUAGAAAGACAGGCAGGGAAAAGCUUAGGCCGACCUUAAACCUACCGAACAGAGCGAGCCUGAGAUAAACUGCCAAAAUGGCCAAAUAAGAGACUUGAUGAGAUAGCAACCCUGUAACUAUAGUAGUUGUAAGGAAAUUUUCUCCUCUAAGUCACGAUACCAAAUAGGAAAAAUGAUCUACAAGUGCCCCAUGUGUAGGGAAUUUUUCUCUGAGAGAGCAGAUCUUUUUAUGCAUCAGAAAAUUCACACUGCUGAGAAGCCCCAUAAGUGUGACAAGUGUGAUAAGGGUUUCUUUCACAUAUCAGAGCUUCACAUUCAUUGGAGAGACCAUACAGGAGAGAAGGUCUAUAAAUGUGAUGAUUGUGGUAAGGAUUUUAGUACUACAACAAAACUUAACAGACAUAAGAAAAUCCACACAGUGGAAAAGCCCUAUAAAUGUUACGAGUGUGGCAAAGCCUUCAAUUGGAGCUCACAUCUUCAAAUUCACAUGAGAGUUCAUACAGGUGAGAAACCCUAUGUCUGUAGCGAGUGUGGAAGGGGGUUUAGUAAUAGUUCAAACCUCUGCAUGCAUCAGAGAGUCCACACCGGAGAGAAACCCUUUAAAUGUGAAGAGUGUGGGAAGGCCUUCAGGCACACCUCCAGCCUCUGCAUGCAUCAGAGAGUCCACACAGGAGAGAAACCCUAUAAAUGUUAUGAGUGUGGGAAGGCCUUCAGCCAGAGCUCCAGCCUCUGCAUCCAUCAGAGAGUGCACACCGGGGAGAAGCCCUAUAGAUGUUGUGGGUGUGGGAAGGCUUUCAGCCAGAGCUCCAGUCUCUGCAUCCAUCAGAGAGUUCACACCGGGGAGAAGCCUUUUAAAUGUGAUGAGUGUGGGAAGGCCUUCAGCCAGAGCACCAGCCUCUGCAUCCAUCAGAGAGUGCACACAAAGGAGAGAAACCAUCUCAAAAUAUCAGUUAUAUAAAGCGUCUUGCUAAGAGUUAAAAAUCUUAAAACCCGUAAGUGCCACUAGGAAGGAAACCCUGUAAAUACCUGCAUUGACCCAAAAAAUUUUUACAGCAAGCUCCAGCAGAACAUUCUUGUCAAAAAGGCACAUGAGGUUGAUUUUUUUGAUUCAUGCCAAGUGUGUUCCACAACUUGACUUUGAAUCUGGAAUCCCUGUAGUGUCUGCCCAAGACAGGCUGUGAGGUCCCAGCAUUUCUCAUCCACAAAAACGUGGAUGUGCGUUUCCUGGGAUUUGGCACGAUGCCUCGGUAGUUGAAACACUGCACAGGAAACCAUGAUCAUUGCACAGCCUCCGUUGUCACCUGUUGAUGCUUUACUCAACAGUUACCCAGGUGCUCCCCCAUCGGGAGCUCACAGCCCCCAUUUGAUUUGAGCAUACCGGUUACUGCACUUGAAAACGGACAGCUCCCACUGAGACAGUGUUCUGGUAUUUCUGAGGUUCCACUCGAUUCAGCCCCUCCGUGUCUUUCCAUAGGUCCCAUUAUUGCUGAACCCACUCUACCUAUCUGUCCUCAAAACACCCAUAAAUAUCCACCCCUUCCUAGAUGGCAUUCAAUUUCAUUUUAGAUUUUAGGUGACUCAUAAUUUCCAUUCACUUGGCCUCUCAGAGAAAUCAUUAGAGACGUACAUGCCCUUGAACUUUUUUUUUUAACUUUGUGGAUUCUGCUAAUCACUGCGUCUCUGUUAGUCAGACUUACUUUUCUAGUGGCUGCAUCGCAUAUUUUUAACUUGAAUUUUUUUUGGAAUUAGCUGAAUGUAAAUAGCAGGGAGGAAGAAGCAAGCAAAGUUAGAACUUUCUCCAUCCAGCUUGCCCUCUCGGGCUCCUUCUGUCACGUGGAGCUAUGUACUGGCUCCGGGGAGACCAUAGGAGAAGUGGGUGGUAGGAGGAGUCGCAACAUUUAGUCUCCUUUUCUGUACUUUUGGGCAAUAACGAGUAGGAGUCCUCCAUACCCCUUCGUGGAGGAUUGUGUGCCAGUUCCUUUUUAGGCAUGAAUGUCUAUGCUAAUUGACCUUUUCUUUAGUCAUUCAUUCAACAAGUAUUUAUUGAACACCUCCUACGUGCCAGGCACUGCUGGCUGCUGGGAAUACCACUGAAUCAGGCGGACAAGGGCCCCGCUCGUGGAAUUGACUUCUGGGGGGCGAGACGGGCGCUAAGCAAGUCAACAUAAAUAAUGUAGUUUGAGGUAGUGAUUAAGUGCUAUGAAGAAAAUAAACUAGGGUGAUGCUGUAGAGGGGUGGGGUGGGGUGGGGGUGGGGCAACAUUAGCUAGUGGUCAGGCAGGGCCUUUCGGAGGGGCGGCACUGGAGCGGGGCCCCAGAAGCACCCGGGACAGAGCACAGGUGCUGCGGUGGGUGGAGCCGCCACGCGUGGGGGACACAGAGGUGGCAGGCGUGGCGUGUAAGUGGUGGGAGGGGAGCUGCUGAGCUGCUCAGCGCGUUUAUAGGCCUUUUUUUUUUUUUCGCUAGAUUGAUAUUAAAAACUCAUGUGGAGGAACUCAAGGAAUGUUUAGAAGACCAAAAGUCCCCAAUGACAACAACAAAAAGCAUCUAAUUUUUAGCUUUGUUUCUCUUCUCAUUCCUGUUUUUAUUGAUUUCCCACAUGUCCUUUUGCUCAGGAAGUCUUUGGGGAAAUUAAGGAUUUUUGAAACUCUGAAAUGGGUGAUCUUGUUAGGGGUGUCUGUCCACUGUCAGGUUGGAAAUGAACUCCCCAGAAUCGUCAUGGAAAUACUGACACAAAGCUGGGUUUUCUCCCCACAUUUGAAAUAAUUUCUUCUGUUCGAAUGGAAGGGGUUUCUGUGUAACUAAGACCUCAAUGCAUAAAGGAGAUUGAAAGGAGCACAUAAUUUUGUGGGCAGGCCGUGAAGUUAGAAGUGGGACUUGGGGUUGACUGCUUGCUGCCUGGACUUGGAUCCAGACACCUGUGAACAAGCCUCCAGGGGUCACUUCUCACACAUUCCCUCCUUUUCACAGAGAGGGCGGCUCAGUUAUUGGCCAAAGCCCCUUCCAGGCCCGAAUUCCUCGACUACGAUUUACUGUAGUGUCUUAGCACUCAUGUCACAGUAGCGUGAAGCGUUAGAGAAAAGCCUAGACUUUUAGUUGGUAGAGAGCCAGUUGAAAUAUCAUUGAUAGAAUUUUAGUUUUAGGAAAAAUUGGUUUGAUUUCUAGCUUUAUUAGGUAUGUGAGCUUGGGCAAAUCACUUAACUUUUGAGUCUAGUUUUCUCACAAAAUGAGGAUAUUAGGCGAAACGAUUUCCGAGUUUCCAGCUAGUCCUAGAGUUCUAUAUUUCUACAUAGUUGGGUUAUUUUAUCAUGCUGUUGCUGGGGAAUAUGACUAACACUUUUAAAGCUACUAAUUUUAUGUCGAGCUUUAAAAUCCAUAAUUGUUAUCUUCGGAAAAUAUUAUUUGACCUACAGUAUGUCCAAAUCAAUUUAAUAAAAUCACUUUAUAACAGGGU